AAAGUAUUUUUAGGCUGUCCAGGAGAGAGGCUGGAGGGGCGGGGCUCAGCCCUUGCCCCAGACUGAGCGUGCUUCAUGCCUCCCAUCCACCUGUGGGGACCCAGAAAUGGAGAACUUCGAAUAUAGCAUCCAGCUGAGUGACAAGGACUGGGCCGACUUCUCAGACGCCACAGAGGAGUGUGGCCUCCUUCAGGCUGCUCUGGCCUCAGGGGAUGAACCACUUUCCAGUGACAUUGACCAAGGGGACAGCAGCGGCAGCAGCCCCCCUGGGCCCCCUCCCCCUCGGCUCUUCCGGGUUCGAGCAGGCAGCCCCCUACCGGAGGGCCUGCUGAAGGCCCUGGGCAGGCACCCGCUGCCUGGGCACCUGGCCAUAGCCCAGGGAGGCUGCUCAGGCAGCGAGGAGGAGGAGAGCCCAGACAGCCGCCUGGUCAGCAGGUUUCGGUGUGAGCGUGUCCUGGCCCCGGGGGCCGGUCAGCAGACUCAGCGCACGUCCACCCAGCUGGAGGAGCAGCUGCCCUCCAGUGUCCUCAGCCCUGAGCAGCUCAGUCCUGCCCUGGUUCCUCUGCCUAGCCCCCGGGGCAGCAGGAUGCAGAAGUCCUUGCAGGAGGCGGCUGCCCAGGCCUCUGAGGCCGGCGUCCACUCAGGGAAGGACCCCCCAAGCCAGGAGCAGCCCAGCAGCCUUGGGUCGCCCGAAGGGAAGCGAUCUCCCCGAGAGCCUAAUCCUGGAACCUCUCCCCGAAGUCCGGGCAAGAAGAAGAGGAGGUCAGUAGGGGCCAAGGGAAGCGGAUCCCCGAAAGCUCAGGGCCCCCCCAGCCCCUCACCGGCUCUGCCCCCCUCUUCAGGGAUCCAGCCAGACAGGGGGCCCAGAAGCAGGGCACACGGCAACUUGGCCCCGGCUGCUUGGGCAGGGAACGAUCCAGGAUCCACGUUCCCAGUUAAAGGAGCUGGAGACGGGGUCAGCCGUGGGCCAGUCUCCCAGGAUGCAUCAUCUGCCCCUGAUGAGGACCCCAAACUGUCUCCUGCCCCGAGUCCUGAGGCAGGAGUCAAUGGGUCAGCGCCGGUUCCCCCAGAACAGUCAUUCGUGGAUGUGUCUUCACCUGUCUCAAAGACCCAAGUGAACAUGUCUACACCUGCCUGGGUUCCUGAAGCAAGCGAGAACCUGUCUACACCUGCCUCCCAAGACAAGCUACGUGAGGAUGUGUUUCCCAAUCUGGCUGCCCCCGCAUCAGAACCGGAGAAUCGUGUGUCUGCUCGUGUCCUCUUGGCUAAGGCAGAUGCGGGUCCGGCUGCCCCUGUCCCCAGAGCUCGGCUAGACGCGACUCUCUCAGCACCUGCUCCCCAGGGCCGGCCAGAUGUGCGUUCGUCCGGCGCCAACCUCGAGUCCAGUCCGGAGGCGAAUCUCCCCACGUCUGCUCCUGGAGCCAGGCCGGAUAGGGACCCGUCUCUGUGCACCCCACUUCCCCAGGGCCUCCCUGAGGGGGCUCUGUCGCCCCAAGGGGGGCCUCUGCUGGAAGCUGAUGACACGGCGCACCCCGCUGAGGCUGUCCCCGCAGCCCAAGCCCCGAGGAGGAAGAAGGUCCGUUUCUCAGGCAUCUCUACCUCCUCUCCGGAGAGCCCGGGCCCUGCGGCCCCUACCUCACCAGAGCCCCCGAGGACUCUGGGAGGAGGCCGAGGGGGCCCCAGACCCUGGGAUGCCGUGGCCGUGGGGCUCCAUCCCCAGCCGAGGAUCCUGAAGCAGCCGUCCGCCCCCUCUGCCCCGGCCAAGGGCUCUGCGGGCCCCAGGGAGGACUUUGCCCUCACUCUGCCCGAGGCCUACGACUACUUCUUCUGUGACACCAUAGUGGAGGAGGACGAGGAGGACGAGGACGAGGAGGAGGGCGACAUCCCGGAGGGCCUGCAGUGGCCUGAGGUGUGUGAAUACUUUUUCCGGGACAGUCACCUUCCAGGGCGCAGGGGCCCCCCUGCACCGCCUCCGCACGCGGCUACCCUGCUGGAAGCUGUGCCCAUCACCACCCCAGAGCUCUACGAACACUUCUUUGGGGAGGACGGGCCGAGCAGCCCCCCGAGAGUCCCUGAAGAACAGAGCCCACAGAAAGCCGAGGAGCUCGGCCUCACAGUGAGUGUCCAAGGGGAGCAGAGGGCUCCGCUCAUCCCCUUCACCUUCAACCAGAACGACAUGUGCCUGGGCUUUGUGGCCUUCGCCACGUGGGCCGUGAGGACUUCAGACCUGCAUGCCCCGGACGCCUGGAAAACAGUGUUGCUGGCCAACAUCGGGGCCAUCUCGGCCAUUCGCCACUUCCGGAGGCAGACGGGAGAGGGACGCCCGUGCCCGUAGCCCCCCGGCAGGGCCAGCGGCCUAGACGCGGGGUCCAGGGCGGCUGGCAGUCCCAGCAAUCCCAGGUCACGUCCCCCGGGCACCCCCCUUCCUCCGGCACCUCCUCUGCUGGGGAGGGAGAGCCGAGACCGUCCCCAGGCGGUCUGCAGGACCUGUGGCCCAGGGCGCUCCAAAGGUGGGGGGGGGGGAAUGGCCUGCGGUCAGUGUUGGUAAGGCAAUUGCCAAAUGAUUUGGAGGCGGAAGGCGAGCGGGAGGGCAGUGUGGAGGGUGCCAGGAGGGGGCCCCUGGCCUGGCUGGCCUCUCCUGUGCCCCAGGGCACUAGAGGAGGGGCCAGGAAGGAGCCUGGAUGGGGAUGGGGCUGACAGGUUGUAGAUGGACUUAAGAAAGGCCUGAGCUUGGGUGGAGAGGUGGGCGGGGUGGACUCCCCUAGGACAAGGGGCUGGCAGGGAGCUGGAGGCACCUGGCCAUUUGGGGAAGGUGAGGAAAGAACAGAGGAGGAAGCCGAGAGGGCAGCAGGAAGGCUGGAGCCCAGAGCCCCGCGUCCUGCCCCAGAUCUAUUGGACACGGAGUGGGGGCUCUGAGCCCCCGCGGGGUGACCGCCACUAGGGAAUGGACACAGACGUUGGGUGACAAUAAAGGUUUUUUUUUUCUA